ACUGCUGAUUGAUAUCUCACCUUCUACUCCAUGUGUCGAUGAGGGAUCGGUUACCUAAGGAAUCUACGACAAUCAUGGCUGCGGAGCUCACGUCAACAAAGCUAAACGCGGAGAAUCAUCUGCUUUUGGACCAACCCCUCCUACGACUACCUCACGAACUUGCACGAAAGAAUUUCAAAUCAGUUCAGCGGAUUGUGGAACGGGAAAGGGAGUAUAUUAUCCCCUCACUGAAAGCAACUGCCAGUGUCUCGCGGUGCAAUGAUCAAACACCAGAUCAAACGCUCGCUGCUCUAGAUGCUAUGAUAUCCAGGAUGCAAGGCCUCAAGCGAAAGAUGGAGAAUUUGCAUCAGGAAGAGAAAAAUAUUCAUGGCCAGUCAAAAAAGCGUAUACAGCAUCUGGAAAACCUUCAUCACAUACAUAGUUUGGCAGAUGUCAAGUAUGAUCAGUGGUCGAGAGUCCGGCUAGAUAGACUUGUGGCAGACUAUAUGCUGCGGUCGGGCUAUACGGAAAGUGCCCGGCAAUUGGCCCAUGAGAAGGAGGUCGAGGAUCUCGUAGAUCUCAAUGUUUUCAUCCAGUGCCAGCGGGUUGCUGAAAGCUUGCGUCGUGGGGAAUCUAAGGACGCUCUGCAAUGGUGCAAUGAAAAUAAAGCAGCGCUAAAGAAGAGCCAGCAUAAUUUGGAGUUUGAGCUACGUUUGCAGCAAUAUAUCGAAAUGGUAAGGACUGGUGACAAAGGGAAGCUUGUUGAAGCUAUGGUGCACGCAAAAAGAUUCCUUAGUCCUUAUAUUGAAUCGCAAUCAGCAGAAAUUCAUCGGGCGGCAGGCCUUCUAGCUUUCCCCCGGGACACGAUUGCCGAGCCGUAUAAGUCGAUGUACGCGCCUGAUCGGUGGAGUUACCUUUCUGACCUCUUUGUUCGCACUCACCAUGAACUCCUAUCACUGCCGUCGCGCCCCUUACUACACAUUGCUCUGUCUGCCGGGCUAUCAGCUCUCAAGACACCAUCUUGCCAUUCGGCUUAUACGUCUUCAAGCUCUAAUUCUCUGUCCACUACGACGACAGUCUGUCCCAUAUGCUCAACUGAGUUACAUGAGCUUGCGCGCAACAUGCCCUACGCCCACCAUACCAAAAGUUAUGUUGAGACUGAUCCGAUUGUUCUACCAAAUGGUCGAAUUUAUGGCCAACAGCGCUUGUUAGAAAUGAGUAAGAAAGUUGGUUGCGUUGAAGUUGGCAAGGUCAAGGACCCUACAACCGGCGAAGUUUUUGAUGAGAAUGAAUUAAAAAAGGUUUACAUCAUGUAG